AUGGUUCUAAAGACUUUUAUUUCACUCAAUUUGUUAACUUCGUUUGUGAUUAGCGAAUCUUGUGUCACGUACAAUUUCGAAGAAAACUUCGAUGGUUUGUUUAGUGACUAUGGUUUCUGUGCUGGCAUGCCCUCAUGGAUUAUCGGCGAUUACAGGAAUUUGGGAUUAGCCAGACCAGAUGAGCUCAGUAACAAGUUCAUCAGACCAACACCUUACAUGCAUAUGAGUUGUUCAACAUCGUUCUACUUUACAAUGCACUCGUCUGGUACACUGGAAUUUAACAUAUUCAUAGAUUCAGAAGUCGCUAAUGAUCAGAUACAAAUUUUGGUCUUUGAAAUAUUACCUGGUAGUUCCGUUACUAUAGCAGCAAUCGCCUUCGUGAGCGCCCAGACUGUAAAGGGAUGGGCUACUGUAACGAUACCAUUAGUUGGUGCUAAAACUUUUGAAGGAUAUGUAUCCCUAAUGGGCAUAUCAUCUCCAAAUUCUAUAGUAAUCAUCGACUCAUUCCGGUAUAUACCACCUGGUAUUGAUGAAAGUUCCUGCCAAGUUUACGAAGAGCUACCGACAUUAACAACUACUUCUAAACCGACCACUAUUCCAGAAACAACAACAACAAUGGAACCAACUACAACUCCAGAAUUAACCACUACACUUGAACAACUAACUACUCCGCAACCAACAACUACACCAGAACCAACAACUACUACUGAUCCAACCACUACUCCUAAGCCGGACACUAUUCCACUACCAACAACAACGGAACCUACAACUACUCCUGAACCAACGACUACUUCAGAACCAACAACUACUCCUGAACCAUCGACUACUUCAGAACCAACAACUAUUCCUGAACCAAUGACUACUUCAGAACCUACAACUACUCCUGAACCUACAACUACUCCUGACCCAACAACUACUCCUGAACCUGCAACUACUCCUGACCCAACAACUACUUCUGAACCUACAACUAAUCCUGAACCUACAAUUACUCUGGAACCUACAACUACUCCUGAACCAACGAUUACUUCAGAACCUACAACUACUCCUGAACCUACAACUACUCCUGACCCAACAACUACUCCUAAACCUACAACUACUCCUGACCCAACAACUACUCCUGAACCUACAAUUACUCCGGAACCUACAACUACUCCUGAACCAACGAUUACUUUAGAACCAACAACUACUCUUGAACCAACGACUACUUCAGAACCUACAACUACUUCUGAACCUACAACUACUCCUGACCCAACAACUACUCCUGACCCAACAACUACUCCUGAACCUACAACUAUUCCUGAAACGACAACUACUUCUGAAUCUACAAUUACUCCGGAACCUAAAACUACUCCUGACCCAACAACUACUUCUGAACCUACAACUACUCCUGAACUUACAAUUACUCCGGAACCUACAACUACUCCUGAACCUACAACUACUACUGAACCUACAAUUACUCCGGAACCUACAACGACUCCUGAUGCAACAACUACUCCUGGACUUACAACUACUCCUGAACCAACAACUACUCCUGAACUUACAAUUACUCCUGACCCAACAACUAUUCCUGAAUCUACAACUAGUCCGGUCUCAACGACCACCACAAAACCACCUACUGAUACAGAAGAUAAAACAAGGUUUUGGACCAAAAUAAUCAUUACCUUGGUACUUCUUUUAAAUCUGAUAGUGUUUAUUUUAACAUCUAUUAUAUUUUAUGAACUCGGACAAAGGACUUCUAUUACUAAUAUACGAUAG